AUGGAAGCUGAAAUCUAUGAAUUCGUUUCAUAUUCUGCGUACUUGCUCACAUUGUUAUUCAACACCACCUUGAUUUACUUGACUGCCUAUCAUACAGAACGGAUGUCGUUGACUUAUCGACAUAUGAUUAUUGGUUUUGCACUUUUUGGAAUCGUGUUUUCCAGUUUGGAUAUUGUGGUGAGACCGAUGAUGCACUCAUACAACGGCAGUUAUCUCUACUUCAGUCUCAAGGGACUCUUCCGUUCCUCCAAAAACAUCACCGAAGUUUUGCUGGCAGUCUACGCAGCGGUCUAUUCUUCUAUCCUCUCGUUCCUGACAAUUCAAUUCAUAUUCCGAACAUGUCUUGUCAUGAAAUCCCGACUCGUCGAGUAUUUUCAAGGAUGGCGAUGUGUGUUCUGGCUGGGAUAUGUUUUCAUAUUCGGAUUUGUCUGGGGAAUCAUGACCUAUAGGUUCACCUAUUCAGAUGAUUAUGCGAGGGAGUAUGUCAGAAGUGAAAUGUAUGAACAAUACAAAGUGGAUUCCAACGACAUUCCCAUAUUCAUACUUUUAGCUUAUGGAGAACGUGAAAAUAAUACAAAUUUUUAUGUCAUUAUGAUGAUUUGCACGUUUUUGAUGUAUAAAACAAUCACAAAUGAUCUGAAGAAAGUGACGGCAAAGAGGACGCACAGUCAGGUGCAUAAACAGUUUUUCAAGGCGUUGUUGUAUCAGCUCGCCGCGCCAUCUCUCGUGGUGCAUCUUCCUGCUCUCCCCCUCUUCUUCGCCCCAUUCUUCGACAUGAAAUUCAGUUUUCGAGCCAGCGUCGUUGUCUACUUUUUCAGUGUCUAUCCACUCCUGGAUACUCUCAUUUUGUUCAUUGUGGUCUCUGAGUAUAAGCACGCAGUGAGGAAGAUCAUUGCCAACCGUGCUGUCCAGAUAAUCUCAAUUAUUAAUGUUGCGUCGGCGGUACCCUCGACAAGUACGCCUCACAAUAAUGGAGUGGCGGAAAGUGUUGUUUAA